AUGAACUAUUCAAAUUAUUUCCCUGGUAGUAAAGAGGAAUUAGAAGCCUUAAUAGAGCGCAAUAUAACCGAGUCUAUGAUCAUAAAUUAUAAAGGCAGCUUAUUCUUCGUUACAGAGUAUUUCCCUUCCCUGCCUCCCGUCCCAAUUCAAUUCAAAGACCUGGCAUUUUAUAUUGAAAAUAAUCCAUCAAAACCUUUUAUGUUGUUUCGUAGUAUCUUUAAUGAAGAGUAUGGGAAGCAUUCCAGAAAAGUUGUUUUGGAAGAAGUGAGCGGUUUAGCUUCUAGAUCGUGGAGAAAACUAUCUCCAAAUGAUAAGAAAAUAUUUAAAGAUUUUUCAGAAAAAAUAAAUAAAAAUAGAAUUGUCGUUGUUAGUAACAUAAGAUUCUAUUCUCCCAACACUGGUGUACAAGUAAGCGAACGCACUGAAGAAGAUAUCAUCUUAAAAGUUUCGGAAGAGAAUGUUAUAAACUUACAAAGUCAAAAAAUAAAUGCUGUUUCUGGCCAAAGUUUAAAUAAUCCACUUGCCGAUUCUAAUUGA